CGAAGGAGAUAUUCCGAUGAUGACUUAUUACUUAGCGCAAAAUUACUGCAAAGUGCCAAACAGCUCCUGGAACGUUUCUGCAUUCACAGGCCGCAGAACAUGUUCAGACGUCCGAUGGAGCGUUCACUGGUUCCCUCCGCAGCGCCGCAUGUUCGGCACCUGUGGAUAAGGGAUCGAAUGUUGUGCCAGUGGGCAUAAAUAAGUGAAUGUCAACCCCCCUCAGCUGAUAAGUCCUGACUUGGACCUCGCUGAUUUACUGAGAAGACUGGCAUGGGUACACCAAGGCGACAUCCUCGAUUCUACAUCGAAACUAUUGUUUUCCAGGUCGUUGAUACGUUAUUCAGAGUACCAUCCCGCUACCUUCGCGAACAUUCUGAAAUAUUAGGUGCCGCCUCCGAAAUAUCGGCCGCUACUACUGAGGGCACGUCGGACGAGACGCCUGUGAAGCUUCCUUUGCCAGAUGACGCGACUAUCGAGGACUUCGAGAACUUCAUGGAGAUCGUCGUACCAACCGCCCUUAAUUUACCUUGCCCCUCCUUUUCCAAACCGAAAUGGAUUUCGAUCUUGAAACUAUCCACUUGUUGGAUGUUUGAUGAACUCCGUAGCCGUGCCAUCAAUACAGUGCCAGGUUUGUCCUUCCUGGAGCAGGUUCAAUGGGGGAGAAGAUAUAAAGUCAAGGCAUGGCUUUUGAAGGGUCUAUCCGGCCUUGCCAAUUCGACGAACGCCCUUACCCCGUUGGAGGUGUUGGAAGAUAAUUUGGAUGUCCGAACUAUCGCACGGGUGUUAUAUAUCCGAACUUUCCUUCAGUCUGAUUCCAGAUGCAAGCAGUUGCAAGCAGAUAUUCGCACAACGAAAUACGUCAAUUACCAAACGGUUCAUACAUCAGCUUGCGAGCAGUGCGGAAAACACAAAGAUACCCACUCGCAGAGACCACACGUGGAGGUUGAAGUGGAGAAGUGGUUUGGGAGUGAGCUUUCACUGUUAGUUAUUUAGCUACUCUGCAGCUCAAUGAUUGUGCGACCUCUCAAUGGUAAUCAUAUCUAUCGUAGAGCUUCUGCAUGAUGUACAUCGACUCGGUUUCGAGAUUUUACUUCAGAGCACCGUCAUUUUCUCACACUCAAUGUUCUCUGGUUACCUUCCCCACCUGUUAUAUUCCGUGGCCAUCACCUCUAUAUCUCUCCAUCUCGUAUAUCAAAGACGUUUUUUCAGUGAACAAAAGGCAGAAAUCAACGCCAGGGAAUCCGUACUUCAAUCAAUCGUGGAUGAGCUGCGCACAGGAAAGCAUCUGGAUCCAGAGGAACUUCAGCGACUGAGAAGACUAGCGAGGCCGUCGAAAGGAGUCACAUAUAAUGAAAGAUUUAGUUGGAAGGAAGUUUUAUUGGGCAGGAUAGGUUCGAGCUCGAGUGAAAGAAGGGAAUGAGGAAACAAGCGGCGUCUUGAAUGUUGGGGAGUGGACCAAAAAUAUAGCGUUAAAGAGGAAUAUUUAAAAACUUUCCUUCAAUAUUAAUACUCCAGGCAGCCUACGUCCUAAUAACACAAGACGUGUAUAAUACCUCUUUCCUAUGUGAUGAGAUUGGUUCGUUGCUUCGACAA